AUGGAAUUCAAUUACAGUUAUUUAGUGGCAUCAAACGAGACCAGUUAUGACGAAUUAAUCGAAUGUGUUGAGAAUCGUAAGUGUGAGAUAGUCAUGGCUGAUCUAGCUGAAACUGCAACUCGCCUAGCUAAAGUCGAUUUUAGUACCUCGAUUUAUGACAAUGCGCUGCGCCUAGUUGUGCGUAAGAGUAAGCACAAAACGAUCAGUCCAAUUGCAUUCUUGAAACCAUUCUCAACGUGGCUCUGGUUAGGAAUCAUUUUUCUUAUAUAUAUUCUAUCAGUAAUACUCAUUGGACUCUAUGAAUAUCAGGAGGAGAGAAAUGGUAUUGAAAGUAGUUCGUUAAUGAGAAUACUCGGUAGAUCCCUGUAUCAUACUAUUGGUGCUCUGGUACAAAGAGGUUCUGAAUUACAAGUAAAAACUCUGUUCGCUCGUAUUCAAACGGUUACUGUCUGGCUUAUGAGUGUUGUAAUAGUCGCAUUACUUACUAGUAAUUUGACAAUUUAUUUUACUGCACAACGUGAACAACCAUGGCUAAAAAGUAUCGAUGAUCUAAACAUGUGUCAAAAAGUAGAUUGUAAGCGUAUAGGAGUUGUAGAACGUUCACAGCACGAAGAAUACUUUACGAAGGAAGUCACACAUAGUAUUGAGAUGAAUUAUCAUCGUUUGAAGCAUCCAACAGAAUGCUUUACUAAGCUCUUAGAUGGACAUAUUGAUGUGUCUCUAGCGGAAAGUUCGAGUGCAGAGUAUUAUACUCAAACAGAAUAUUGUCAACUAGAAUUAGUUGGUGAACCAUUCGGCAAGACACAUUUUGCCGUGGCUUUACCGAAAUACUGGCCUUAUAAGCAAGAUUUGGAUACGCAUAUAUUGGAAUUGAGAACAAAUGGUGAGAUUGACCGACGAUUAGCAACAUACUUUCAACAGAGAAACUGCGAUGUGAUAAAUGAAAAUCAGCCAAAUAUUGAGGAUGGUGGACUAACAAUAUUUCAGACUAGUGGACUAUUUAUCAUAUUCGGUGUACUCACUGGUCUCAAUUUCAUGUGCUAUGUAAUGAAUAGGGUUGGUAUAUUUUCCAGUAUCGCACUUUCCGUUCAAAAAAUUCGUGGAUAUUAUGGCUCCGAAUCUAUCACAGUGGACCCUGAACGAGUAGCGAAUCCCACUGAACUGGUAAAAACUAAUCUGUAG